AUGAGCGGUAUCUGUGACCGCCCAAAUCGACCCCUGACCAUCAAAUGCGAGUAUGACAGCACGACUCGGCGGGUCGUCUUCCCCUCCGCUGCUGCCUGCCGUCUCGACACUGUCCGCGCCAGAAUUGAAGAGUGCUUCCAUCUCUCCGCACUCAGCUUCGCCCUCACCUACGCGGACGAUGAUGGGGAAGACUUCACAGUUCGGACCGAGGCGGACCUCACCGAGGCGAUCCUGUACUUUGCUUCGGGGGACGAUGAUGCGUCCCUUCGCAGCGGAAGUGGGAGCCAGCAGAAGAUCGUACUCAGACUGGAAGUGGUGGUGGAUUACGAUGGGCCGAGUUUGAGCGAUACGAGCUCGCUUCGAUCUUUCGAGAGCGGAAGUGGAACGGACACCGGGACGGAGGAGGACAGCGCAAGUCAGAGCGGGAGUAGCUGGCGCUCCUCCAGCUACUACUCGCAUACACCUUCCGGUGCGGCUGGUAGGGAUCUGGAAGAUGUGGACGAGGAGGAUCUGGAGGAGCGGAUGACAGUCAUGGGUCUGGGUGAUCUCGGGGAAGGGGGAUCCGCGCGGCGACCGCUGGACCCGGGACCCAGCUCGCACAUGACCCAGUCGGAGCUGGGGUCCAGGUGGCUCAGGGAGCAAGAGGCACUGGCGCGGCGGAAUGGAGGGAUCGCCAGAGGAAAGAUGAGACGACGGGAUGACGAGGAUGAGGACGACAGUGACAAAGAGAUGGGCGACCUCAAUCUCAUUCGGGACGCCAAGGGGAAAUACUACUAUGCGUACGGCUCGGACGCGUCUUCAUCGGCCACGGAUGACUAUACGGGUACUCGCUCCGCCCUCAGCCUGCCACCUAGGCCAGAUAUCCCCGUCACUGGCUUAGCCAUCGAGCCUGGGGCACCACCGGUUCUUGCUCCAGACUGCUCGGCGUGCGGGACUCGGCUGGACUACAUGCGGUAUGUCUGUACGACGUGCGGCGAGGGAGAUCUAUGGAAGGAGAAUGCUCCUGCUCGCCUGCCACCUCUUCGUCCGGGUGCUUUGAGCGAGGCAGACGAGAGUGCGUUCUCUGACUCGACCGAAGGUCCGGCGGGAAGCUAUACGGAGUAUGACCCGCGCCCGCGCUCACGGUCAACAGCCACCGGAGGGUCCAUGGAGGCUGUCAGUGGUGGUCUUCUUACUCCCCCGAGAUCACCACUGGCGGAAGCGGCAGACCGGACAGCGAUACCGACGGGGUACGAGCUCUGUCCGGCUUGUAUCGAGGAGCAUGGGAUAGCGCAUGCCAAGGCGGCAAGUCGUGCCGCCAAGCUUGAGCGUGCAGCAGGGACUGGGCGUAGCAGGAGAUUAGCGAGGCAUGCGUUCAGGGAGAAGAUAUGGGGAUUGGAGGGGUGGACAGAUAUAGGUAUGUACGCACACAAGGCGGAGCUGAUGGCAGAAUACAAUGAGGAUGUCGAGUGUACGAUCUGCCAUACUCAUCUCACUCGGAGCCGGUUCCGAUGCGUCUCUUGUACGAAGUUUGAUAUGUGUAAAUCUUGCUAUCAACGAGUAGGGGAAAUACAUCCCGCCCAUGCGUUCUUGAGUCUACCGGACCAGGUAUUCAAUGCUGCAGACCUGGACAUCGCAUCACGUAUACCUGUAGCGUCAGAGACAGCAAGACCUGUUCGCCAUCCAGGAGCUUUCUGCAACAAUUGUCUGCAAGAUAUCGUCGGGCCAAGAUUCCACUGUGCUGUCUGCCCGGCAUGGUCUGAUAUCAGGGACCUGUGUAUCCAGUGCGAAGCCAUCUCAGCAGCUUCAGGCGGCCACACCCCAGAUCACAUCAUGAUGAAGAUCCCAAUACCCAUCGCGGCCACUCAAGUCGAAGCUGUGUCUCGCCGAGCGAGGGAACGAUGGCUGGAAGACUCAGCAGCAGCUGCUCCGCGCCCAGCAUCACCGACGAAUGAGACGGUCUACGCGGCAGUGACGGCUAGUCGGGUAGACGCGCUGGACCACCGAUGUCGAUGUCGAGGGUGUAAUCAGUGGAUUUUGGGGAAACGGUUUCAGUGUGCGAAUUGCCCGUCCGAGCCGGAAUCUUACAGCUUGUGCUCAGUCUGCGAACCCCGCUCGUACCGCCUGCACAACCCCUUACACGUCUUCUUCAAAUUCGACCGCCCCCUCCAUAUACCCCUUUCCUCACCACACCCCUUCCUCCCCAUCCUCCUUCGUAACAGAGCCGGAGACAUUCCACCGGGCAUCACCCUCAACCCGCGUGACCCGUCCGCGUACCUACAGCACGUACUCCAUCGGGAGACGCUAUGCGAUAUCCAUUCGGACCAGAUCCGGGGUGUGUGGCUGCGGUGUGCACACUGCGCGGCGGGGUUUGAUAUCUGCUUGGAAGCGGAGGCGGCCGCGGAGCACGACCCAGCGCAUGUGUUUGUGGUAUUCAAGGCGAGGGUGGAUAUGGGCAAAUUCAGAGAUUUGGCCAAUCUCGGUGGGGACAGGCCUAAGGCCUUGCUCAAUCAGGUUGUAUAUACCUCGUAG